CAGGCGCAGAGCGGCGCAGGGCCGCGGCGGCCGCUCCCUGGCUGGCAGUGCUCGCUAAGAUGGCGGAUUUCCUGCCAUCGCGGUCCCCGCUGUCGGGCUGCUUCCCGGGCUGCCUGCUCAACAGCACCGAGGCGGAACAGCAGCGAAAGUCCAAAGAGAUCGACAAGUGCCUGUACCGCGAGAAGACCUACGUCAAGCGGCUCGUCAAGAUCCUGCUGCUGGGCGCGGGCGAGAGCGGCAAGAGCACCUUCCUCAAGCAGAUGCGCAUCAUCCACGGCCAGGACUGGGACCGGGCCGCUCGAGAGGAGUUCCGCGCCACCAUCUACAGCAACGUCAUCAAGGGUGUAAGAGUCCUUGUGGAUGCUCGAGAGAAGCUUCAUAUUCCUUGGGGAAAUCCUUCUAACCAAAGAAAUGGUGAUGUGCUGAUGGCCUUUGAUACCCGCUCAGGAGUGGUGGCGCACGGAAUGGUGGAGACCCAAGUUUUUUUGCAGUUCCUUCCAGCAAUAAGAAGCUUGUGGGCAGAUAGUGGCAUCCAGCAUGCCUAUGACAGACGCAGAGAAUUUCAACUGGGGGAAUCUGUGAAAUAUUUUCUGGAUAACUUGGAUAAACUUGGAGAACAAGACUAUCUUCCCUCCCAGCAAGAUAUUCUACUGGCACGAAGACCUACAAAAGGGAUUCAUGAGUAUGAUUUUGAGAUUAAAAAUGUUCCCUUCAAGAUGGUUGAUGUAGGUGGCCAAAGAUCAGAGCGAAAACGUUGGUUUGAAUGCUUUGACAGCGUCACUUCUAUAUUGUUCCUGGUUUCAUCGAGUGAAUUCGACCAGGUACUUAUGGAGGAUCGACUAACAAAUCGCCUUACAGAAUCCCUGAACAUUUUUGAAACUAUAGUCAACAACCGGGUUUUCAGCAAUGUCUCCAUAAUCCUCUUCCUAAACAAGACAGACUUACUUGAGGAAAAAGUGCAAAAAGUGAGCAUCAAAGACUAUUUCCCAGAGUUUGAAGGGGAUCCCCACAACUUAGCAGACGUCCAAAAAUUCCUGGUGGAUUGUUUUCGCACGAAACGCCGGGACCAGCAGCAGCAGAAGCCCUUGUACAACCACUUUACCACUGCUAUUAAUACAGAAAAUAUCCGCCUGGUAUUCCGUGAUGUAAAGGAUACCAUCCUUCAUGACAACCUCAAGCAGCUCAUGCUACAGUGAUGCGCAGCAACAACAACAAAAAACUUUGAUUUGUGAUAAUAGUUUACAGCAGGAGUUGGAAAAAGGUCUUGUCCGACCUCAUGAUGUGUGGGUAAAGCUGCUGCUGUUCCAGUUAAUUGCCAACUUCUCUCAAAAUUCAGGCUUAAAUCUUUUCCGCUGUAUCUCUGUCUUGAAAGAGUUUUCAUUUCUUAACAGACCUCAACUUUUUAAAAACUAACUCACAAGUUUUAACCUCUUCCCUCUUUUCAGCCUGACGAAGCCUGUACUCCAAUAACAAGUAACUUGUAGACAUGCAGUUUAAAGAAUUUACUUCGGAAACUUGAUAAGUUUGGCAUGUGAAAGGGCUAUAGAAGAGAUUUGUAUAACUCUGGACUGCUCUCCAAGCUUGGCCAACCACCACCAUCAGUUCAUUGUGGCAAAUAGCUCCAACCUGUCAAAUAAUUAAGCUGUCUUUGAAGUUUACAAAUGCAUUUUUGCUUCCAUGCCAAUAUAGGAUGUUCGCCAAAUGGUACCAGAAAGGAGGUCCACUACCAGUGAAUUUUGUAAUCAAAAAGAAUCAUGCCAAGGGACUUCUGAUCUUAAUUGGUCAUUGUUAGAUCAUGUGGUUUGACAAUAAAAUCUAUGCUUUAAGUUUGGAACUAACUAGCUUAAAUCACACAGCUGUUUGCAGCUUUAGGUGUCUGCCAGUUGCUGUGAAUUAACUGUUUUAAGAAUGUUCCUUGAGAAUUUUUGUUGUUGUUGUUCAGUUAGCUCAUACAUUAUGGUUUGGAUCAGGCACCCCCAAACUUCGGCCCUCCAGAUGUUUUGGACUACAAUUCCCAUCUUCCCCAACCACUGGUCCUGUUAGCUAGGGAUCAUGGGAGUUGUAGGCCAAAACAGCUGGAGGGCCGCAGUUUGGGGAUUCCUGGUUUGGAUGAUGGAGGAAACCGAGCAAGAGAUUUGUUUCUGUUAAGCAGCAGCAGUGUUUAUAGAUGUCAGGUGUAUCUAUAGUGUUGACAAUACUGAGAAUGCACAUAACUGUAUUAAUAUACAGGACUGAAUAUUAUAUUGCUGGCCAAAAAGGCAGAAAGUGAUUAUCAAAAAUUAUAAGGGAACUGAAUGAUAACCUUGAAAUGCCAUAUUGCAAGACACUGAAAUUUUAAAAGGCCUCCACUUUCCACCUCAGCUGCUGCACACCUCAAUAACUCAGCCUUGUAAACACCCCAUUCACUGAAAACACAACAGUUUUGUGGAACUAACUGCCUUUUUUCAUCUCAAUUCUGAGGAAGCUAGUGACAUUUUCGAUUUCUCAGGUGUUGGUUUAAAAGCCCAUAUACUACUAGUUACUCUGGAUUGCCAAGUUAAACUUCAUCUUACUAUGCUAUGCUUUAAAGGGAACAUCUACGAAAGCAAUGGAUACUUAAUGCCUGAUCUAACGCUUUACUCUCAUAAAUGUUUUAAUGGUUAACAUGAUCAGAGAUUAGCAGCACGGUUCCCCCCUUUUUUGUUACACAGGCCAAAUUUGAUGCAUUGCUAUUGCAAUUCCGUAAUCUUUGUGGAAGGAAGUCAGCAAAAUCCAUAGGUUUGAAACCGAUUUAGUUUUGCUGUCUAGAUCCAGGUAACUUGAGAGCUCGUGCCAAUUAAGUGCUUUAAUAGAACAGGCUCAGUGUGGAAUAGUGAGCCUAUUACAGCAUCAGAAAACACUGUUAAUUGAUGCAGAAUCCUUUAACCUAAAGUGCCUCUUAAUUGCUUUUCCUUGCCUUAACACAAAUGCCAAUGUUUCAGAUUGUGGCCUUUUGUGGGGUGGGGUGGGGACUCCAUUGCCACGUUAAACUUAGCUACUGCACAGAGAUGUUGCAUAUUUGCUAGAAAAUACUAAAAGUGAAAAUGAAACCACCCACUCAGAUAUUCUGAAGUGUAACAGUAUAGGUGUAGGUGUUCUGGGGAUAAUAUUUCUCCCACUCCUGUGUUCUUUCAGGAGUCAAUCAAAAUUGGUAUGCAAAGUGCUUUUUGCUAGUCUUCUAAGUAAUAUAUAGUUAAGGGCAGUAUUUGUUUUUAAAUGUGUUAACAAAUCAUGAUUUAUGUGGAACUACAAGCAAAUAGGAAGAAACAAAAUGGUUUCAUUGGCUCAGUUUUAUAAUAUUUCUUAAAGUGUGUUGUGCACAAAUUUUCCAUUGUACUCCAGAAAAUUGCUAGAAGUGGAGAGAUUUGGAGUAUUCGGCUUUUUUAACCAAAAGGAGACAUUUGAGGGUGGGGCUGCAAAUUUACUUAAGGGAACUGGGGAGGAGGGGGGUGGUCCUUUCCCCGCUGGCAGCUUUCCCACUCAGACUCACACAUACACAGCUGCUUUUCCUCCACAGCUCGGUGGUGGGGGUGUAAUUUUGAUAGGAAAAUUAGCUAGAGGGGAAAGAGUGAAGCAGACCGUGGCUAUUCAUCUGCUUAACCUUCCAUGGCAACUUCAAAAAAAAAUCAUGGGAAAGAUACACACAACUGUGUGUCACGUCUAGUUUGGUAAAGCCUUACAUUUUCAGACGUAACUUUCAAAUACAGGGCUGGUUUGUAAGAACACUUUUUCUCAAGUGUCCCUUAUCAAAAUGCUUCCAAUAAAUGUGUUCUGCAAAUUCCGGGAUUUGUAUUUUAGUAAAAUAAGAGGUUUUAUUUUCCUUCUAACCUCCGUGGAAUAAACAUGGAGUGAUCUUGCAUACAAUAUUUUAGACUGUAACAAAAUUCAUUGUUUUAAAGUCUGAAAUAAAACAUUUAAUGUCAAAAUUAUUUUAAAAUUUCAGUAGAAAAAUUAAGGCAACUGAUCUUUUUAAACAACAAAAAACUGGUUUUAACUUUAGCCUCAUGCCUUAUUUUGGAGUAGCACAGUAUAAACAGCCACUUUUUAAAGCUAAAAAAACAACAACCCUUUUUUCACUGAAUUGCAAGAUUCAUUGCUCCAUUCUCAGGCUUCUUGAAAAGUUCACUGUGGUGUGGGAGAGCAGUUUGAAGAACCCAAAAACUGGGGGGAGACUUUGAAAACAGCCUUUGAAGACAAGGUGAUGGUUGCACACUCUCAAGAUGCUUUUCACUUAAACCAAAUAUGAUUUUCUUGUAAGAUUAUUUGGAAACUUAUCUUAAGAAGAAGCCUAGGUUGAAUCCAGACUUGGUCAUAGUUGGAAAACUAUGGGACUCUUCCCAUAAUGAUUUCAGUGGAUCUGUUCUAACCAUGACUAAGUCCACAUCCAAUUCAUUGCCACCAAAUUCUUGCUUGAGCCCUUGAUUAGAUUUUCUUUGUGCUAGAGUCAACUGCACAAAGACCAGGUUUUUUUUAAUAGGCCUUUUUCUGGUACCACAACAAAGACAUCCCUAAGACCAGACUUGUAAAGAUGACACAGCAUUGUAAUACUGCCAUUUGCAGUUUUCUUUUAUCUCGUACUUGAAAGCAAAUAUUGCCACUUAUUUAAAACUGCUUUCCCAUUCUUCAAGAGCAUUGAGAGCUUACAUUCUAGAAACCUUUUCUCUAAAAAAUAUAUUUGGUAACAACCUCACAUAAUAUUUAUCUAAUGAAACCAGGAUUUGUAUUAGCUUUGUAUAAAUGUGGGGUGUUUUGUGGCUUUACAUUUUUUUUUAUAUGUGUAACUUUUGUAACUUUCCAGGGACUAAGAGAAUCUGCUACUUUGUAAAGAAAAAAAGAAUCCCUCUUGCCUUAGUUCAGCAUCAGCAAUAAAUUAUUUCUAAAGAAGGUCUUAAAGGCAUAAUUUUAAAAUGGUUCGGUUACUAAUAGACAAAAGCCUCUUUUAGAUGUACGUUGCUCUCUGUACAUACAUUGCAGGUGUUCCAACUAUUAAUAUUUGCCUUAUGUAAAUUACUGACGGUAAAUAAACAAUAUACAUCCUCACUGUG